CUUAUAAAAUUUUUAGAAUUACUCUUAAGGAUAAUAUAUGUGAAUUCAAAUAAUAAAAUUCAUGGCGUUAUUUUUUUGUCUAUAAAUAGCAGCCUGUUACAGUCCCCAACUUCAUCACAUUUUAGAUAAUAAAUAUACAAUGGGUUACUCUCCUUUGCUCCGUCUUAGUCUCUGCUUUCUUGUUCUGUUGCAUGGCUGUGUUGCUCAGCUAACCUCGAGGCCAGAGAAGCAACAACAACAACGAUGGAGACGAGGUGAGUGCCAACUCAACCGCAUUAACGCUGUUGAGCCCUCGCGCAGGAUUCAAUCGGAGGCUGGUCUGACAGAAAUUUGGGACGAGAAUGAUCAACAGUUCCAAUGCGUUGGUGUUGUAGCUAUGCGCCAUACCAUUCAACAGAGAGGCUUAUUGUUGCCACAAUACGUCAAUGGACCAAAGCUCAUUUAUGUUGUCCAAGGCAGAGGCAUUCAGGGAUCAGUAUUCCCAGGUUGUCCCGAGACAUAUCAGUCACCAUCAGAAUCAGAGUCGGAGAGUCGAGGCCAAGGACAGAGCCGGAGAGACCAGCAUCAGAAGGUUCGUCAAAUCCGGGCGGGCGAUAUCAUUGCCUUGCAUGCUGGAGUAGCUCAAUGGAUUUACAACAAUGGUCGAUCUCCUCUUGUUUUAGUCCAAAUCAUUGACACAAGCAAUCCUGCCAACCAGCUUGACCAGAACCACAGAGAAUUCUUCCUUGCUGGUAACCCUCAAAGAGAAGUACAGAGCCAAAGAGGUGAAAGUGGCCGCACAAGAAUAAGAGGCCAAAGCACCGGGACAGGCCAACAGGAAAGAUCCCGCAAUAUCUUUUCAGGCAUAGAUGAGCAAAUGAUAGCAGAAGCUUUCAACAUUAACGUUGAUCUUGCAAGAAAAAUGAGGGGUGAAAAUGAUAACAGAGGCAUUAUCGUGAGUGUGGAGCAUGAUUUAGAGAUGUUAGCCCCACAAAGAAGCCAAGAAGAAGAACGACAAGAAAGAGAGGAAGAAGCACAACGGCAACUCGAGAGGGGCCGUGAAGGUAGCUAUAAUGGAUUAGAGGAAACUUUCUGCACAGCCAGAAUGAAACACAGUAUCAACAACCCAUCACAAGCUGACAUCUAUAACCCACGGGCCGGGCGUGUCACCAACCUCAAUAAUCACAACUUCCCCAUCCUCAGAUACCUUCAACUCAGUAUUCAGAAAGCUGUUCUCUACAAGAAUGCUAUAAUGACUCCACACUGGAACAUCAAUGCCCAUAGCAUCCGAUACAUCACCAGAGGAAGUGGUCGCAUUCAGAUUGUUAAUGAAAAUGGAGAUUCAGUCUUUGAUGGCCAAGUUCGAGAGGGUCAAAUGUUCACAGUGCCACAAAACUUUGUAGUGAUAACAAAGGCAAGCAACCAGGGUCUAGAAUGGGUAUCUUUCAAGACCAACGACAACGCAAGAAUCAACCAACUAGCAGGACGAGUUUCAGCAAUCAGAUCCAUGCCCGAGGAAGUAGUAGCAAACGCAUUCCAGGUCUCCGUGGAGGAUGCCAGGAGGCUCAAGGAGAAUAGACAGGAAGUUACAGUGCUUAGCCCUGGAUCCAGGUCUUCUCGGUAUCCAGGUCUCAAUAUUCUAGAGGACUAGACUCCCUGACUGCGUGAUCCUUAUAAGGACGGGAAGAAAUUAAGCGCUAGUGACUAUGUAAGCAUUAGAGUUUAUAGGAAUAAAAGCUUUAGUGGGCAUAAGAAUCUAAAAGUUGAUGUGCAACUCUGAAUGUAUAGUUUAUCUUGCUAGAAUAAAUGACAGUUUAAGAAUA